AAAAAAUAGAGGUGAGAUUUACAAAGAUAUGUUUGGAAAUAAACAAUAUCAAUCCAGGCAGUGGCACUCAGAGAAGUUGGAGCAAGCAGAACCAUCCUGGAUCCCAGACUUCUGCCAAGGUCCUAUUGGAGGCCCAAGCAUCAUAUUUUACAGAUUAUGAACCAGACAACGUUUCCAGGAGGAGGAUUUAAAAUCUUGAUCUUGUGGGUAUUCUAUUUGUCCGACCCUUCUUGUAUCAUGAAAAAUUCAUCUUUAGUAUCAGAGUCGUCCAACUGUUCAAUGACAAACAGCAAAUUUGGGGUUAAUUCAUCCACAAGAAUGUCAUUCAACAACAGUAAGGGUGGAGAAUCAGAUCAACGAAGGAUGCACAAUGAAGAAGAGUCACAAAAGGAAGAAGUGACCCAAAAGGAGGAAGUCAAAGGAGAUCAUAUUCCUUCAUGACAAACUAAUGUGGGUCAACUCCGGUGGCUAGUUAAAGUUACUCCCUUUUAUCACGAGCUAAACCCCAAACCCAGAAAUAAAGAGGAACUUCUGUU